AUGCAAACCGAUGGAGAAGUGAAAGCCUCUGAUUUAGAAAACGACCGGGAACAAAUCAAACGAAUACCCAUUUAUGGUGGAAAGCCUGAUUUUAGGGUUGAUUACUAUUAUCUUCAAGAGUGGAUGGCUAUGAGUGAAGAUUGUGAAAGGUAUAAGAAAUCAAUGACUCAUAGAGGCAUGAAGUUGGCUAAAGUGAGCCAGCAAAACAAACUGAUCGUGGCCAACGAAUAUUUCGAUUUGUUUUGGUUGCCCGACGUUAUGAUAUCUAACUCCAAAGAAGUGAAACAACAGUCAGAACUCGUCCAUACAAUCCUCCUUCAGAUAUAUUUCGUGGGCGAUAAUCAAGAGCACUGUCACAUGGAAUAUAAGGCCCGUUACUAUGCGAUCGUGUCGUGUCCGAUGGACUUUCACGACGCGCCUAUAGAUCUGCAGACCUGUUCAAUCCAAAUGAGAAGCUUUGCGUUCAAUAUGAAAAAAAUUCAAUUAAAUUGGAAAGAACAAGUUGAGUUUAACCCCGAUUUGAGACUUCUGGAGCACGACUACAAGUUAUCACAAGAAACUAAGAAUACCACUAUAUUUGAUGUUGCGAAUAAGUUGGUCGGAGUCUAUACUCCGAUUGCGAAUAAGUUGGUCGGAGUCUAUACUCCGAGUAUUUUAAUAGUUUUGAUCACAUUUUGUUCAUUUUGGUUGGGACUCAACACUACGUCCGAGAGGGUGACAAUUGGCAUAACGGCGCUUUUAGCUCUGGUCACUCAAUUCAAUGACGCCCGUCGAUCACUUCCCGCCACUUCUUAUAUAACAGUCGCUUUCUGUUUAGCAUUUGAAAUCGAUCGCUGGAUGAUUAUGUGUAUGGUGUGUGUAUCGGCACAAAUGGUUCAGUGCACUCUCGUUGACUUCGUAUACCACAGACAACAACAGAAAGAAAAAGUGAAGGAAACGACAAUAAGUGUAAUCAAACACUUUCGCACAUUAUCUCAACAAAAGCAGAAUAAUAAUAAGAAUAAUAAUAAGAAUCUGAGGACAACACUGAGGAGUGAUUCCAGUAAUUCGAAGAGAGAGUUGAGUGAAGAGGAGCCCAAGGAUUGCUUUUGGCAGAUCAAGCACACACUGUCCAGGUUAAUAUCAGUGCCCGUCAGUCCUGAUAAACCAGAAUACCUACCGAUGCGAAUAGACGCCGCCUCAAGAAUAUUGUUUCCGCUAUUCUUUGGACUCAUUUGUCUCAUAUAUUGGCCAACAAUGCUGUCCAAAGAAAUCGAUCGCUGGAUGAUUAUGUGUAUGGUGUGUGUAUCAGCACAAAUGGUUCAGUGCACUCUCGUUGACUUCGUAUACCACAGACAACAACAGAAAGAAAAAGUGAAGGAAAAGACAAUAAGUGUAAUCAAACACUUUCGCACAUUAUCUCAACAAAAGCAGAAGAAUAAUAAUAAUAAUCUGAUUCUGAGGAGUGAUUCCAGUAAUUCGAAGAAAGAGUUGAGUGAAGAGGAGCCCAAGGAUUGCUUUUGGCAGAUCAAGCACACACUGUCCAGGUUAAUAUCAGUGCCCGUCAGUCCUGAUAAACCAGAAUACCUACCGAUGCGAAUAGACGCCGCCUCAAGAAUAUUGUUUCCGCUAUUCUUUGGGCUCAUUUGUCUCAUAUAUUGGCCAACAAUGCUGUCCAAAAUUAAAAAUAUGAAAAUUUUCUUCGAUAUACUUCCUGCUCGUGGCCUUCGGUAUGACUACAAUACCCCUCUGAGCCUCGUAUCUGAUGAGCACCUGAGCCGCACUGACGCCGUGUUUCUCAGCGAUGUCCAACACCUUUGUCUCAUUCAAUAG